AUGAGGGCACUUGAAGCUGAACGGCGGCAGCACAUCGAACAGCUGUUGCAGUUGAAGCAAGAAGCUCUCAUGGCCGCUAUCGCAGAAAAAGACGCUCAUUUGGCUCUUUUGGAGAAGUCUCGUGCUCCUCGUGAGGAGAUUGAUAAUGUUCGUAGACACAAGGAAGCCCUGAUGCGAAAACUAAAACAGGAGAACGAAAGGCGCGCCAUGGUGGUUCGUCCAGAAAGUGCUGCCAGUGUGGUUCAACCUGGCGCUGCUACGGUGGCCGUCGGAGGUCCUACUCCCUUCAUUUCUCAGCCAAGCCCUCGACAAGGUGACGUCAUGACAAUGUCCGGAGAGCUUGAUGACGCCGAAGGAAUUUGGGCAUAA